AUGAGAGAUAGAUGCUCUAAGCCUCCCACCGGAAGAUUUGCAAGCUUCACCCCGCUAAACACCCUAAUUGAUCAAGUCCUAAUGCAGAUCAAGGACGAAGGAGCCUUGACAUUCCCUAGUAAGUUGAAAGGAGACCCUAGCAAAAGGUCCAGAGACAAGUACUGUCGUUUCCACCAUGACCACGGUCAUGACACAUCUGACUGCUAUGACUUAAAGCAGCAGAUAGAAGCUCUUAUCAGGCAAGGGAAGUUGCAAAGGUUCAUCGAUAAGGAAAGGAAGGACAGGCCCCAAGAACCACCUACCCGAAGAGAAAACGAGCAUCCUAGACCCCCACUAGGAGACAUAAGAAUGAUCGUAGGAGGAACCACAGUAUCUGGCUCAUCCAAGAAGGCACGUAAAACCUACCUACGGAUGGUUCAGAACGUCCAGUUGAUGAGAUUCGUCCCAAAGAUGGCAUGGAUUAACAAGUCUGUCAUUGGGUUUACAGAGAAAGAUGCCAGGCGUCUCCACCACUCUCACGACGAUGCGCUCGUAGUUAGCAUUCGGGUGGGAGACUACAACACCCACUGA